AUGGGAGGGCAUAAUCGUGUACGAUUGGUCAGUUUCUUUAGCGACAUUGAUCGUUUAAUUUUUGCUGAUGAUGUAAAAGCUCAACAAAACAUUCGUGAUCGUUUGAUUCAAACUUUUCCGGAAGGAACUUUAUCGGAUGACAUGGCCGCUUUGUUCAAGUCGAUAUCAAAUCAAGCUGUUUGUAUUGAUGAUGUCUUAACAAUCAUCUAUCGUUUACGUGAACGAACGGUCAUUCAACAAAAUAUUCACGCAAUUAAACUUCUUUUAGCUUUUCUUAUUCUAAUGCCUAUUUUAAUCAUUAGUUCAUCGGUCUCAGCAGUGAUAAUUACGGCAGAGACAGCAUAUCAAGCUGGAAGUACACUUACAAGUGGAAUAUUAGGUUUUACCAUCUUUGAAUUGGUUUAUUUAUACGUGCCUGAUCGAACCAUGUAUUGGCGUAAAACAUGGGCUGGAGCACUUUUUGCUGCGGUUGGUUUACAAAUUCUUCUCACCGCUUUUCCGAUUUACGUUCAUAAUUUCAUGACAUCUUAUGUUGGUCAAUUAGGUCUUGCCGUUAUCACAGUUUUGUUCUUCUACUUUUGCGGUUGGCUACUGGUUAUUGGUGCUCAAAUUAACGCCUACUUUUUUGAACAUAUCCAACCACUACCAGAUAGUCUCGGUACUGUUUUAAGUCGAAGUGUUGAUCCUGAAAAAGUGGUUCUAAUUAAUGAUGCUUCGCAACAGAAGGAUAGCAUGAUAACAUUGAAAGAAGGAUUCAAUCCGCACGAUUGA